UCUAGUUUUUCUGAAGCUUCUCAUGCUCCAGUGAUGUGAUUUAAUUCUUUACAUUUCACUUUAUCUGGCGCUGUUUUUCCUGCAGGCAUCGCCUGAGCGUUUGUACUAAAUACUAACAUAGCUGUGAACAAGCUGUAAACAGGGACAGGUGAUAAUCAGCCUCCUGAUGCCUGGCUGCUCAAGUCGAGCGGUUCCUUAAAGAACCGUCGAACAUGGUCCCUCAUGUUCUAAGGAUCUGCAGAUGCGGUUCUUUUGCAGCUCCAGUUUCAUGUGUGUUUGUUUGUGUUUGCAGUCUGAACACUAUUCUCAGUCAAGCAGAAUCUCAGCUGGAGGAUCCGGGUCAGAGAAGAGGGAGCAGAGCCUACCAGAUCUUCCCUGAAACCAACACGAACGACGACUCCUACCCGGAUGACUUCCUCUACGAGAGGGAGCGUCUCCCCUCGAUAGUCGUGGAGCCCACGGAGCAGAGCGAGCUGGAGAACGGGCAGCCGCGAUGGCCUCCACGCUGCCUCAGGGGCAACAGCGUCGAAGGGGAGGAAGAGGAGGACAGCGGAGCUGAUAACACAGAGGGAUGUGUGGAUGGAGAACAGCAGGAGGAGUUGGGGGCAGAAGAAGGCUCAGUUGCCAGGAAGUCUUCCAUCGGACCGUCCCAGAGUCAACUGUCCCUCUCUCGGCUGACCCCACCCGCCUCGCCCACCCCUCCUGAGGCUGCCCCGCCCGGCCUGAGGAGUUGAACCUGUCCAGACUAAAGACUGAAUAUAAAGACGGACGACACAUCUCCACUUCUUCACUGAAUAUCGCGGAUACACUCCCAUUUUGUGCACUGGUUACAUCACGUGGAGGCGGUCUGAGGAGUAGUGAUUGGGGGUUGGAGCCACAGUAUUAACACCUGCUGACUCAAGUACGAGCUGGGCUCAGCUCUCAGCUGUCGGUCACCAGCGUUGCGGGGUAAUAUGUAAUAAAGUAACGUGUUAGAGUACUCGGACUGCUUCACAAAAUUAGCUUUACAUUAUUUAGUUACUCUUUCAAUGAAAAUCUCAGACACACUUGCACAUUUCUGUUUCUGUUGGAUGGGAACUGGCAGCAGAGAGGAAAGCUCUGAAACAUGUUGAAGCAUGAAGAGUGUUUUUAUUGUUUUCAUAGUGGCGGCUGUGCCUCGUUUAAACUUCUAUAGCACCUUUAAUGCAAACACAAAGUGUUAAAAACUGAAUUUAGCAAAACUAAAAAACCAUAAGUGAAUAAAAAAUAAUUUAAAAACAAACACCAGAGCAGA